AUGUCUAACAACACCACCACCACCACCUCUAGCACCACGUCUAACACCACCACCUCCACCCCUACCACCACCACCACCACCACCUCUCCUACCACCUCUACCACCACCACCAUCUCCACCUCUACCACCUCAAGCCUUCCUCUGGUCUGUAUCAACGGUGGUGAGCUGCAGAGUGGAGUCUGUAUCUGUCCUGAUGAGUGGACCGGAGAGACCUGUUCAGAGGGGAAUUUCUGCAAUUCCACCAUCAUUGGUGAUUUUUCCUUCCCAAGAACAACGGUUGGCUGGUCUGCUUAUUCAGAAGAGUUGUGUGAUGAGAAGACAACCAGUGCCGGUUUACCAAAAGCCUCAGCAAGAUGUUUGAAUGACACUGGCUCUCCAAUGUUUGGUUCUCCUCAUGAACUGCAGUGUGAAUUAACCCUCAGUGACAUUCUAGGAAAUAUCUCCAGCAGUUCAGGUGAUUUACGACAGUUAGCCUUCAGUACUCAGAUCCUGACCUCCCAACCAGAGCGGCUGUCAGCUGACAACAUCACCACAGCAGCUCAGAUAGCUAACACACUGCUUCAGUCUGCAAAUAUCACAGAGGACAUCGCAGUGGCAGCUGUAACCACCAUCAGUCAGCUGCUCAAUGCCAGUGAGGAGAGUACACAGGAGAGAGACGCUGUCCAAAACCUCACAGAGACCCUGGAGAAGUUUUCCCUGGACCAGCACAAUAAUGUGUCCUUGGUGGUUCAGCCCAACCUGGCAGUCCAGUCUGUCCAAGUACCAAGUGACACAGUAGGGAUCCAGUUUACUGCUCUGACUGGAAGAUCUGGUAAUUUUGUGGCCAACAGAAUUCAUCUCAACACAAAUACUUCUGAACUGAUAGCUGACAAAGGAGGUUCUACCGAUGUCCAGAUUGUCAUGAAAUUCACACCAGUUUUACGUAGUAAAAACACAAACUACUCCAUUGGUUUUGUGCUCUACCAAAACGACCGGUUCUUCAGGUCCAAGGCUUUCAGAGCUUCUCCAGGAACCAGCAGAAGGGUCAUCUCUGCUAACCUGGGACAAGUGUCUGGGUUACAUGUUGAGAUGCUCUUCAAGCCCACAGCUGUUCCCAACACCUCCCUCUAUGACUUUGCCUGCGUGUCAUGGAACUACACGUUGAAAGACUGGAGCACCUUUGGCUGCUACAAAGUCAACCACUCAGCAGACGGCCUGCAAUGUUUCUGUAAUCACACCACUAACUUCGCUGUGCUGAUGUCAUUCAGGAGGGAUUUUAAAUACGCUGAAGUGCUAAACUGGAUCACCAUAUUGGGAUGUUCCAUGUCCAUCAUAGGGUUGAUUUCAACAAUAACAUUCCAGAUCGUGACCAGGAAAUCACGCAAAACGAACCCAACGGUCCUCUUAGUGAGCGUCUGCGUGUGUCUCCUGAUCUUCACCCUCCUCUUCAUGUUGGGAGUGGACAACCCUCAUAAACAGCUGGGCAAACCUAAAAUACAGGAGGACAACAUUCUCCCCCCGUCCGACACACACACAGAGCGGGACAGAGGGCCAUGUACUGCAGUGGCAGUCCUGCUGCAGUACUUCCUGUUGGGGACGUUCACCUGGAACACGCUGUACGCCACACAUGUCUUCCUGAUGAUCAGAAACAGCCUGGCCACCAGCCCAUCACACUUCACAGCCUAUACCGUGGCCAUCGGAUGGGGACUGCCUGCAUUUGUGGUGUCUCUCACCUUAGGAAUUAGUUACAGAGUGGAUGAUCCACUGGGAUACAGGCAGGAGGAAUUUUGCUGGCUUGCUGCCCUCGAUCCAAAGGGGAACUUUGACUUCAAGCUGCCAAUGUUUUGGGGUUUCCUGGUCCCUGUGGCAUUCAUGCUUAUCUUCAACACGGUGGUGUUGGUAUGUUUUACAGUUACAACAUGCAAGACCAACCCACAUUUAACCAGUACAAGACACACAUCGAUGAAGAAGAAGUUCCUCAGUAGCUUUUCUCUGGCUGUGGUGCUCGGUCUCUCCUGGAUCCUGGGCUAUCUGUUGCUCAUUACACAGAACCAGACCAUGUACACCAUACUCAACAUCUCCUUCUGUGUUCUCACCACCACUCAGGGCUUGCAGAUUUUCAUUCUGUUCACCGCAAGAACAUCAAUUGUCAAGAAAAUGAUGGCAGAUGCUUUGAAAUCUGUCUCUAGUGUUGAGAUCCCACGUCACACCAAGAGAUAUAGUCUAUGGCGAGGCAAGCACAGUGAUAACGUAGAAUCAUACACACAGCUGGACCCUAUUCUGUCAACACAUUAACUGCCACAUCAUUUUUUUCCUUCUGAAAAAUAUGUGUAUUUAGCCUUAAUAUAGGCCAUAAAUAAUUAGUAUUUGAUUGCUAACAUCUCAACCAGCCUGUUCAGUUGCCCAAUUAUGUUAAACUCAUUUUGUAUUGGAUUUUACAUAUGCUUUUUAAAUCAUCUGAAAAAUGGUACAUUAAUUAACGUCAUGUCUGCUUCAGUUACUUAUAAUGGAAGACGGGCCAAGAUAAAUGAUGACGGAUACCAAAUAUGAAUACAAUAUGAUAUAUUUGUGUGUCAAUAUAUGACUAUUCAAAUAUAUAUACAUAUUAAUGUUUACUGUUUAUAUGUUCAUAAUAGCUGUAAAAUGACAUGUCCUGAAAACACUUGUGAAACAAAUUGAAGAUAACAGGCAGACUUUAAAUACUGAUAUGAAUAUGAAAAUAUAUUUAUAUUUGCACAGACAAAAAAAUCCCACAACAAUAUUUUUCCAUUGUCCAUAAUAGCUAGCUUUGUCUAAAUAACAUUCCUUUAAUGUGCAACUCAACCGCCUGGGAGAGCAUAUUUUUCAAGAGUUCCUCAAAUUAAUAAAUAACAUUAGUAAUUUUGUGAUACCAAAAAUGAUGUUUUAGAGGUCAACAACCUUGUACAGUCAUGUAAUAUCCCAUUUUAUACACAAUUAGUACUGACAAUGUGUGAUUAAUCAGGUGCCUCUUAAAGUGUUAAUUUCCAACUUGUUACUCACAGAUUGUAUAA